UCUCUGGUGUGAGCGGACCGACAAGAUGGCGGGGAUGGAGUUGUUCUCCGAUCAGGGAUACCGCGUGGACGGCAGGAAGUCCACCGAACUGCGGAAGAUUCAGGCCAGAAUGGGAGUGUUCGCCCAGGCCGACGGCUCGGCUUAUAUUGAGCAGGGGAACACCAAGGCGCUGGCGGUGGUUUACGGUCCGCAUGAGGUUCGUGGUGCUCGCAGUAAAGCCCUACAUGACAAAGCAAUGGUAAACUGUCAAUACAGCAUGGCGACCUUCAGCACAGGCGAGCGUAAGAGGAGACCCCAUGGAGACCGCAAGUCGUCUGAGAUGACCUUGCACCUGAAACAGACAUUUGAAGCUGCCAUUUUGACACAGCUUUACCCACGUUCCCAGAUUGACAUUUACGUGCAGAUCCUGCAGGCAGACGGUGGCAACUAUUGCGCUUGUGUUAAUGCAGCGACACUGGCUGUGAUCGACGCAGGAAUCCCCAUGCGGGACUACGUAUGUGCCUGCUCCACAGGCUUUGUCGAGGACACCCCCUUAGUGGACCUCAGCUACAUCGAAGAGUCAGCUGGGGGUCCCCAGGUGGCCCUGGCCCUGCUCCCCAAGUCGCAGCAGAUCGCUUUGCUGGAAAUGAACUCAAGGCUGCAUGAGGACCACCUGGAGAAAGUGGUGGACGCAGCGGCAAAAGCAUGUGGGGAUGUGUACGCCGUGUUGGACCGUGUGGUCAGGGAGCAUGUGCAGGAAGUAACCACGCUGGUGGGGGAGUGACUCUGCCAGAGAGACAGACUAUUCCAUCUUUUGUAUGAUGUGUGCAAAGUUUCCCCUCAAUAAAAGCAUUCUUUCCUUGUUCCAAA